AUGGACACAAAAGGAAUAUGUAUUCUAUUAGUGAAGGAUGAUCUUACAUGCAACAACGUUGUGUCCCAAAUGCUUCAACUUUACAACUAUCAAGUGUUGCAUGUUGGAAGUGUAUUGGAUGUUUUGAAUGCAAUAUGGGAAGCCAUGAAAAAGCUCGAUUUCGUUCUAACGAAUGCCCACAAGUUAGAGUCGUCGAAUGGCUUAGUCAUCAUCCAACAUAUUCAGAAGAAGUUGAAUCUACCAGUCGUUUUGAUGAGUGCCGAUAAAUUGAAGAUUUCGUCGAAAGACCAAGAUCCGACUUUUGCAGCGUACAUUAUGAACGGUUUGACUAAAAGUGAUGUGAAUAGUCUCUGGCAAUUUGCAUUAGGAAAGGUGAAAGAAAGAGAAGAAAAUGUUCGAAAGUCAUCGAUAAUUUGUAAUAAUGUUGAAGUUGAUGAGAAAAGCAAGAUUUCUGCACUUAGUGAGGCUGAAAUUGAAUGGUUUGAUCAGAAAAGAAAGAGGAAAGAGUUAGUGAACUCGAAAAUCGAAGGCGGAAGAAGACUAGCGAAAAAGCCGAGGGUCGUGUGGACAAUGGAAAUGCAUCAGAAAUUCUUGGAAGCCAUUGAAAUUAUUGGAUAUGAGAAGGCAGUUCCUAAGAAAAUUGUUGAAGUUAUGGGAAUAUCAGGACUCACUAGAGAGAAUGUUGCCAGCCAUUUGCAGAAGUAUCGUGGCAGCACAAAGAGAACUCAAGAAAUUGAACAAUACAUAAGUGCAGCAAAAUCGUACGAUUACAAUUACCGAUUGGUCAAGAAUGCGAAUUUCGUUGGAUACAGAUUGACAGACAAUGGAAACUCGAUUAAAUUUGGAAAUCUUGAAGAUGAAAAUGAAGAAAAAUGGCUUUCUUCGCUUGAUCAUCAUCAAGAUAUUUCUACUCAAUCGAUGACAGUAAAAAUGGGAAAUGACUUUCCGGUCCAAAAUUCAGAGGAAUUCUCACAAAUGGCUCAAACUUUCGAUAAUUAUCUUGAUGAGGCCUUGCUGAAAAGAGAAGGAGAUCAAUGUUGCCAAUUGGAUUGGGAAGAAUUUUGUGAUGCACUCUUUGAGCAUGAUGAUUAA